GAACUGAUAGGCAAAUUCGAACGGCAAGGGGAUGUAUAUUCAAGGACGCAACUCAUCAAGGAGAUCGGGGAGUUUGAGGAGCCACUACUUACGCACAUGAAUCACUCUACCAUGACGAACUACUUGCACGCAUUGGCUGACAGAUACCCAAAUCUCACCCAUCUCUAUUCCAUUGGAAGCUCCGUUCGUGGACGCCAACUAUGGGUGCUAACAGUAUCGAAGUAUCCUCGAAAGCAUGAAAUUGGAGUUCCAGAAUUCAAAUACAUUGCAAAUAUGCAUGGCAAUGAGGACAACAUUUUCUUCAGGUAUGAAAUUGCUCAUGAAGGCGAUGAUGCAGGUAUAUACGGAAGGACGAAUGCCAACAAUAAAGACUUGAACAGGAACUUCCCCAGCAGGUGGGCAAAACCUAAAGAAAUGGAGAUACAAUUAGCGAAUUCUAAGAUAUUAGGAACAGAUCAGUUUACCACACUAGUCUCCAGAUUUCCCAAUUUCUUCCCGUCGGAGCAAAUCCAACCAGAAACAAUAGCAGUAAUGAAAUGGACGAAGUCAAUCCCUUUCAUUUUGUCAGCUAGCCUGCAUGGGGGGACAACUUUAGUGAACUAUCCAUUUGAUGACCAUCCGACUAGAACAGCUUCACGUCGUUAUUCUCCGUCUCCGGAUAACGAGCUAUUCGUCAGACUUGCUUAUUCUUAUUCGAAAGUUCAUGACCGGAUGAAUAAACAGGGCCCACGAUGUCUGAACGAACACUUGAACUUAGCUACAGAGCCACAGAAUGGAAUAGUGAACGGAGCAGACUGGUACAUUGUAUCUGGUGGAAUGCAGGAUUGGAACUACUUGCACACGAACUGCUUCGAACUGACUAUCGAAUUGAAUUGUGUCAAAUAUCCUCCAAGAAACGAGUUGAAAGCGCUGUGGGAUGAAAAUAAGUAUCCGCUCCUGUACUUCAUUGAGCAAAUUCACAAAGCGAUUCAUGGAACAGUCGUUGAUGCAGAUACUGGUCAAGGGCUGCUGAACGUCACUGUGAGUAUCGAUGAUCGCAUGAAAAUUGUAACCACGUAUGCGAAUGGAGAGUUCUGGCGGCCUGCUAAUAUUGGACAAUAUAAGGUCAGCCGUUGUCAUUCAGUAAGCAGACAUGAGGGAGUUUUAAUACAGCUGACUCAAUGA